AUGCUGUUCCUAGAACUAUUGUUCCCGGAACUGCUGUUAAGGAAUUCCUGUUCCUUAAAUUACGGAAAUAAAAAACGAACUGUCUUUCCUUUAAGAAAACCAGUAUUAGAAGCCGACCUACUCCCAAUAGACGCUAGUGACAACAAUCGGUACAUAAAUCUCAGCAAAGUUGACCAGCGCACUGUCGAUUUGGUAGCUAUGGGUGACAGAAAAAUAAGUUCUUUGACCCACGAGCUUUCAAAACUGAAGAACGAGCUGUCUCAACAGAAAGACAACAUUGUUUUAUACCGAGAGCAGCUGGCGUUGAAGGACAAGGAAGUGUACAGAUUAAAAAAAAUAGUAGAAGCUAAGAUCGGCAAGAACUGCACUUGCAGAAAGAACGAGCGGUGUGUCGAGUGUAAUUUACUCGGUUCGAAUAAAUUAUCUGAAAUAAACGAGGUGAGAGUUCUGCAGCAGGCGAAGCUGAACCUGGAACAGCAGCUAAGAGACGCUCUGGACAAGCAGCAUGACGCAAUGACCCAGGCGAUGAAACUCGCAGAGAGGAAUGAGGAACUGGAGAAGGAAUUGAAGGACAUUGACCAUAUUGCCCUGGCUGUUGAAGCUGACUGCAAUUCUACUGUCAAGGAAAACAACAAACGCGUCAGCCAGCUUCAGGAAAAAUUGGAGAACACCAUGGCCCAGAUCAGGCAGCUGGAGACCAAUUUGUUGGGUGAAAAACGGACCAGUCAGGAACUCAGAGCUGAUUUGGAGAGCUGCAGAGCUGAGAAAAGAAAUAUUCAGCGCUCGCUGGAUAAUCUUGAAGAGGAAAAUCGCCAGCUGACCAACAGGCUUAAUGAUUUGAAUAUUAUAGACAAAAGGCUGUCUCAUGACACUUCCAGCAAGGUAGCUGAAAAAGCAGACAAGAUUAAACAAUUGGAGAAAACUAUUCAUCAGCUUGAGAGAGACAAAAAUUAUUAUCGGGAAGAAUGGAACAAAGUUUUGAGCCAGAGGAAAGAUGCAGACACGACUGAAUUAUGGAGCCAAAUUUGUGAAUUAAAGCAACAAUUAAACGAAAAAGAAUUGAAAAUCAUGGAACUUCAACGAGAACGCAAGGAACUCGCUCGUGAAAAAUUCGAACUUGAAAAUAAGCUCCAAACUUGCAGAAGUGUCGGUUCCUGUGGUUGUUUUUCAGAGAACGGUUCCAGGAACUCUCAGUUGAAGGUUCUGGAACGGGAACGAGACUCUGCGCGCACUGACGUCAACCGUUUGACGGAAGAGCGCGACAUCUUGCGCGAGCGUCUUAAAUUGGCGACGGACGCUCACACUAGUGAGCAAAGAAGGCUCCGGGAACGGCUCAGAGAUUUGGAACUGAAGCUUGAAGAUGUAGAACGCGAGAAACAUAAUUAUAUUUUGUCCCAAGAAAGCCGCAGGUCUGCUCUUACUGGCUUGGAAGAUCAGUUAGAAGAUGUAAAGGAAGAGUUGAGGAGAACUAAGCAAGAGUUGACUUCUCAGAGGACUCAGUACUUUCAACUGAGAGCGUUGCAAGAUCAGACAGACCAAGCACUAGGAGAUGUCCAAAGUCAAUUACAUCAUUCAGAAGCUGAGUUAACAAAAGCAGUGGAACAUAGCCGAGAUAUGGAACAGCAGAACAUACAGUUAAAUAAUGUAGUCAAGGAACAGAAACAAGAGAUUAAUACUUUGAGAACUAGUAUGGCGAGAUUGGAUCGUGAAAAGGAUCAAUUACUUAUGGAACUUGAUGAAAAAACAGAAAAAAUUGCAGGACUAGAACGCGAAGUAAUGUUGAAAGAACAACAAGCUAGUGGGAUUGAGCAACAACUUCGUGACAUGCAGCGGAAAAAUCAGAUCUGCGUGGACCAGACCGCAGAGCAGGAGCGCCAGUUGCGCAACCUACAGAUGGAACUGGAGAACAGCAGCCGACAGAUGGCAGCAGCGGCCAAUGACCGAGACAACGCUCUGAUGGAGAACCGACGGCUUCAGGAUGAAUUAGCAGCGGUAACUUGUGAGUUCAGGACGCUCCAGCGUGAGCUGGAGGCUUCCAAGGCUGAGUCUCAUGACCUGAAGAGACAAUUGCAGACUUAUGAAAACGAACGCACAGAAAUGCUGAACCACUACAGAAGUCUCAGUUUAGAAGCGACAGUCCUGGAAAACAACAACCACAGUUUAGAAUCCGAAGCUGCCGAAGCUAGAGGCGCGUUGCAGUCCGCGAGGGACCGAUUGGUCGAUCUGGAACGCCAAUUGGCGGACAAAGAUUGUCUAAUUAGAGGUUAUGAAGCUCAGAUAACAGAACUGACUCAGAACGUUGCCAGCUUGGAGACCCAAAUUCGCCAGCAACUGGAACUCAGAGGAACAGCGGAAACUGAUUUAAAUGCGGUUCGGGAUCUUUGUGUUCAGUUAGAUCAGCAGAAAGAGGCGCUAAAGAAGGAAAUUAAUGACAAAGAUGCGAUUAUUGCGCAAUGUGAAGCUAAAUUGUCGAGAUUCAAAGCUGAGAACAAUGCUGUGCAUGAUCAGAAGAGCCGAGAUCAUGUUACCAUUGAUAGGCUGCAGAUGCUCCUGGACCAGGCUCGGCGCGAGUCGAUUAAUUAUCAGAAGAACAACCAGGAACUGCUUAAUGAAAUUGAUAGGCUAAAACAACGGAUUGACGAUUUGCAAAAUAGAUUGUCUUCGGAGUCUGCGGAACUUCAGCGCUGUCAGAACCAAGCUGCGGAAUACAGCAACCAGGUGGCGGAACUAAGACGGAAAGUUACUGAUGAAAGAAGCUAUCCAUACAGUGACCAAAUGCACAUGUCAGGAGAACCAGCGCCAACGGGAAUAUCGCCAUCUUCUCGAGAAUUUACGCCCCAGGAACUAGGAACAAACAUCAGAUUUCGUGAUGGCGGGCAUCCGGAUACUCUACGGGAUUUCACGGCAACAACAAAAGGUUUGCAGCUUAGCAAGUCUAUCGAUGGCUGCCCUGCUUCAAAGUGUGACAAGUCUAUUAGUACAGAUGCUGAAAAAACUAGAAGGAAAAAAACACAAACUGAUAAAAAUUUUAAACCUCGGCUGGUUGAUGCUGCAGUUUCGGUUCCUGCCGUUGCUGAUGCUAGUGUCUCAAUUCAUGAGUUAUCAAAUUCGGUGGAAGAAAUUUUUGAAGUUCCUAAUGUUCCACGUGUUCCAAAUGUUCCACCGGUUCCUGAUGUUCCAUAUGUUCCACCGGUUCCAAAUGUUCCAUAUGUUCAACCGGUUCCACAUGUUCCUAUGGUUCCAAACGUUCCAGUGGUUCCAAAUGUUCCAAUGGUUCCACAUGUUCCAAAUGCUCCGGUGGUUCCACAUGUUCAAAAUGUUCCAGUGGUUCCAAAUGUUCCACAUGUUCCAGUGGUUCCAAAUGUUUCACAAGUUCCAAAUGUUCCUAAUAGACAACAAGAUAACCGACUAGCUAAUGACACCCAGCGUCAAGUUCCAGGAACAUCAAGAGAUAAGAACAUUAAGAACAAUGACCCUGUUCCUGGAACAAGUGGAAUUCAAUCCAAGAAGCGUGGUAGGCCUAGAAAAGACCCAGAUGAUUGUGGUUGUACAGUAGAAAUACAACUACCCAACUGUAGGGUCCAAGUUCCAGCGGAACCACCGGAACCACCGGAACAAGAUGAAAACGAGGAACCGUCUGAUCCCAGUGACUUAUUAAGCAGAACUUUCGAGCGAGUUAACGAUCUCACUAGAACGGUUCAAGACAGAUUGAACUCAAUGAGCUUUAGCGGAGAAGCUUCUCAACCUUCCAGAGGGCGCGACUCGUUCCGAAGGUCUGGAAUUUCCGAGAACGAAAAUGAAGUCAUCGUUGAAGAGUCCAGACUUCCAGCGCCACCUAGGCCUCCAAAACAAAAGAAACCUCCUAAAGAGAAUCAAUGUGACCUCACUAGAUGUCACAAGUGCCCUAUGGUGCGCCCUCCGCGGCAGCACGUGCAAUUACUCCGGCGAAAUAUUCAACCAAUCCACACUUCAAGUCCCGUUCUCAGCAGCCACGCCAUCUCGCGGCCAAACCACCGGUACCACUUGCGCUCUCAUGCUAAAACAGUUUACAAGAUUGAAGAUGGCGCUGCAAAAGUUAUUUCUCAGACCUGGGAAGAAAGUUCUAGUUCCGGAUCAGAGGUGGCGCCAGUGAGGAGAAAAAAAUCACGGAAAUUGUCGGAUUAUUCAGAUUUUCUAUACACAUAA